AUGGAAUUUGUUGAAUCAUUAUUGGGGAAAAGUACUAAUCAAUCAUCUAUUUUAUCAACUAAUUAUUUCACAGCCGAUCUAUCAGAACGACAGUUAACUGAUUUUAAUGAAAAUAGUAUAAAAACUAUACAUCCUGAUCUUACUAUUGAAUGUAUAGAAGCUCUAAAUCUUUCUCGCAAUCUUUUUGAAACAAUUCCAUUAAAUGUAUUUAAAUUCAUACACUUGCAAAAAUUAGAAGUAUGUGAAUUAUCAUUAACUACAAUACCUGAACAAAUAACUAAUUUACAACAUCUUCGUCAUUUAGAUGCUAGAAAUAAUUUAAUAAGAUCAAUUCCAAAAUAUUUAUCAAAAAUAAAAUCACUUGAAGAGAUAAAUUUUUCUGGUAAUGAAUUAACACAAUUUCCUGAUGUUUUUUUUAAUCUUCCAAAUUUAAAUACUCUUAAUCUUGGAGAAAAUAAAAUAUCUACUAUACCUCAAACUAUAUAUCAAAUAAAAAAUUUAAAAGUAUUUUAUCUUGGUGGCAAUCAGUUAAAAGUCAUACCAGAUACAAUAGGUUUACUUCACCAGUUAACUUGCCUUGUUGUUUCUGAUAAUCAGUUAUCAACAGUUCCACAAUCUAUUGCAUCUUUACGUAAUCUUAAACGACUUUCACUUCAUAAUAAUUUAAUUAGAACUUUACCACCACAAAUAUUAAAUUUAACAAGUUUAGAGAGUUUAUCAUUAAGAAAUAAUCCAUUAGUGAGGAAGUUUGUUGAUAAUCUUAUGUUAACACCACCAUCAUUAAAAGAAAUUGCAGCUAGAAUUGUCCGCAAGAAAGUUGACAUGAAAAUGGCAGAAGAAAUUUUACCAUAUGACUUAAUUAAAUAUCUUAACAGUGCUCAUGAAUGUUUAAAUCCACAUUGUACAGGUGUAUAUUUUGAGACAUGUUUUGAAAAUAUUAAAUUUGUCGAUUUUUGUGGAAUGUAUAAAGUACCAUUUUUACAAUAUUUAUGUUCACCAAACUGUGGAUGUGGUUGCUCAGAUUAUGGUCCUCAUGUUUGCCGAAAUCAUCUUACUGAUGCUAGAAUGAAAAAAGUUUUACUUGGAUAA